AGUGGCGCCACCACCUCUCCGGAACCCGCGGGUCCGCUGUUGCGGUUCAGGUCGGAAUUAUUCGGCGGUGCACGCUGAUAUGGCUGCGCUGGUAGUGAGACGAGUUCGGGACGUGCUGAAGCGUGCACACUUCGCGACCAUCCCGCGGAGACAUCGACAUAAGAAGAAAUGGGCUGCCACAGAGCCCAAAUUUCCUGCCACUCAACUGGCUCUGCAGAAUUUUGACAUGACUUACAGUGUGCAAUUUGGUGAUCUCUGGCCAUCCAUCCGGGUCAGUCUCCUUUCAGAGCAGAAGUAUGGUGCACUGGUCAAUAACUUUGCUGCCUGGGAUCAUGUGAGUGGUGAGCUGGAGCAACUGAGGGCCAGGGACUUUGUGAAGGAAGCCAUUUCCCAUGGGGAACUGGAGCCCGAGGGUGGCCAGACUCCAACUCCAGCCUCCGGGGCCUACAGCCCGAACCUUCGAUGUUUCACUUUUGCCAGAGGGGAUGUCAGUCGGUUCCCUCCUGCCAGGCUUGGCAGCCUGGGUGUCAUGGACUACUACCUGAUGGAUGCUGCUUCCUUGCUGCCUGUCCUGGCCCUUGGCCUGCAGCCUGGCGACACUGUGCUUGACUUAUGUGCAGCGCCCGGGGGAAAGACACUAGCACUGCUUCAGACUGGCUGCUGCCGCAAUCUCGCUGCCAAUGAUGUCUCCACUUCUCGAACAGGCAGACUACAGAGGGUCCUUCACAGCUAUGUGCCUCAAGAUAUCAGGGAUAGAAAUCGAGUUCGAGUCACCUCAUGGGAUGGCAGGAAGUGGGGAGAACUGGAGGGGGACACCUAUGACCGGGUGCUGGUGGAUGUGCCCUGUACCACAGACCGCCACUCCCUUCACGCGGAGGAGAACAACAUCUUUCAGCGGUCGAGGAAGAAGGAGCGGCAGAUGUUGCCUAUGCUUCAGGUGCAGCUGCUCGCGGCUGGACUCCUUGCCACCAAACCAGGAGGCCACGUUGUCUAUUCCACCUGCUCACUCUCACACUUACAGAACGAGUAUGUGGUGCAAGGCACCAUCGAGUUCCUGGCCAAUCAAUACAGCAUCAAGGUUCAGGUGGAAGACCUGACUCACUUCCGAAAGCUUUUCAUGGACACGUUUUCUUUCUUCCCAUCCUGCCAGGUUGGGGAGCUGGUAAUCCCAAACCUCUUGGCCAAUUUUGGGCCUAUGUACUUUUGCAAAAUGUGUAGGCUGACAUAGCAUCACCCUGUUCCCGAAGUCCUGGUGUAGGAGGGUGAAGGGUAUACUCCCGUGGAGGCACCAGAAACUGAGACCAGUGGCAAAGAUGCACUCUGGGUCCUAUCUCCAUCCUGUUCAAGUCUUUCUUUAGACAGUUUUCAGCGUUAGAAAGUAGGAGUUUUUCUGUCCUGCUGUCCAGUUGUGAGAGCAUCAGCAGGUUUCUAACUCACUUAUUAUACCCUCGCCCCCCAUUUCUAAGCCUGUGCUAAAGGUUCCUGCCCCAUUAAGAGCUGAGAAGGAGGAGCCAGUGAGCAGGCCCACACUUUAAGCUGUAAACUUGGGAAGAAGCAUUUAGCCAAUAAAACUGUUGAAGCUCCAUAGAGCUGGGGCUGUAGUUGGGGCCUCCUGUCAGUCCAAGUACUGUUAGUGCCGUUUGUACCAGCUGCCAUUACUGAGCACCAGCUCCUAGGGCCCCAAUGCCCAGGAGACCUCUUGGUGGCAGCCUGGUGGCAGACCUCUGGUGACAGAGCACCUCUCACACUUGAAGUGAGUUCUGCGUGUGAUCAGUCCUCAGCAACCGAUGGGCCCAAACACGCCUCCGUAGUUCCUUCAGACAGCCCCCGAUCAAAUUUAAGGAACAAGCAACUAAAAAUGUUAAGCCAAUCAUGAUAAUCCGCUUCCUAGCGCUGAGAAAGCUCUCCCGAGCUGCAUCCUUGCAGCCGCUCCUGCUGCCCCGGGUGGCAGGGGAAGCUGCCCAAACCACAGGGCUGUGAUCCUCUCCUGGGCGCUUCUGCCGUCGUUCAUCCCUGUAGCAGGUGUUCCUGGAGCUCCUGUAGGACAGGUAGCCAGGGAGCUGUUGGAGGUUAGCGGCAGUUGGGACCAUGGGAGAUGAGACUCCUCGUCCUCCUUCAUGGCAGCUCUCCUCCUUUUGCUUUCCGAGCACCUAGGCAUCUGAUAUCUUUUUCUGUUAUAUUAUGCUUUUUGUUUUGUUUUUCUUGUUCCUGGUCUGUGGCUGAGCUCUGGUUCUAGUUGUUUGGCCUAGCCCUCGGUCUCUCAGAGCUCUUCCCCAGCAGCACAGGGCCUCCCCUCCCCGAGGGUAUGAGGUUUGGGGCAAUAUUACAUCAUUCUGACUGCAUGCUAAUUAUGUUGUCUUUGUCACUCUAACAUAAAGAAGGUAAUCCCUUAAUGGCAGGGAUAUUAAAAAUUGCUUAUGGUCACUUGUAAA